CUAUUUAAGGUGAAUAAGAUGUAUAAUGAAAUUUCCGAUUAAUUUGUUUGUUUUAGAUUCUACAGGAUGAAUUUUGAUAAUCUCUAUAAGAGAGUGUAAUUUUUUGAAUGAAAAUAUAUUUAUCUAGUUAUUAUGCAGUCCUCCAAAUUCGCUUAUUUAUAGCUAAGUUUGCCAUUGGCCAAAAAUGUUUAGAGAUAUCGUAAGCACUCACUUACUAUACUGAUUUCAUUCCAGGCACAUAAUAAUGGGAAGGUUCAUAAAAUUUAUGGAAAGCAACUGUGAAGAUGACUAAGAACCAUUUUAUAUUGGACCCGCU